CUCUGUAAGAGGGUCAAAACAAAAUUCCCUGUCGAAUCAUGUCGGUACCUACAUAUAGUGUGCAUUACUCAGUACAGAGUAUUCGUACACGGGCGUCGUUAAUUUGUAAUCUGUAUGCGGAUGGAUCCACAUGGCAUUGAUGGCAGUGGAGUCCCCAAGCUGUCGAUGUACUGUCCAUGCCCCAACAUGUCGUACUUUCGUGGUUCUCAACUUCUCUGUCUUUUCUCUCAUUGUCUAUCUCCCCUCCGCGGGGCCAUCGUGUUUUUUGUAAAAGUACAAGCGAGAGGCCGAGGAGGACUUGGGCACUUUUCUCGACAAGACUGUUAAUUACCAUCUCUCGUAAGGUAUUUGGGUCCCCCCAACCCACAGCUUCGCUGCCUCAGCGCCCGUUACACAAGAGAGCUUCUGGAGGCCGGCACCGAACCCGAUUCAAGCCUUACAACCUUUGUGGCGAUUAUUAAUCCCAUUGCAUCAGCGACUUGAUGACCAAUAUGUGCACUCUAGGUGAUGACCCCACUCAUCGACGGGUCGCAUGAACUCUCCG